AUGUCAGUAAAAAAAGGAGGAGGAGACUCUGUUUCAACUUUUGGAGCAUGGAGAACCAAUAAGAUUAAGACUCAAUUCCCAGAUAUUUUGAAAAUAGACCCAUCAACUUUGAAAGUACCAGAUUUCCUUGCAUUGUCAACUUUUGACCCAAUUACCAAGACUGAUUUUGUCAAAGAGAGAGCCGAACAAUAUUUUGUUGAUAUUAUCAAUAAUUUCCAAAGUGAUCUUGCUUUGGCAACCCUUGGUUUGACCAGUAAACCAGUUUUAAAUGCCGACCUGGUAGAAAUCAUUCAAGACCCAGAGAUUUCAUCUUUUUUCAAAUCUUAUUCUCCACUUUGGUUAUUGCAAGCAAUCUAUCACCAAGAUAGUCAAUACAAGUCUUCAAUUAGAGGUGGAAUCGUUGAAGAUCGAAUGUCAACUCUCAAUCAAAGUAAUGUCUUCAUCAGAAUUACAAUGAUGUUGUAUCAUAUUGCUUUGAAAGAGUUGGUUCCAAAGAUUCUUCCAUAUAUCUAUAAUGCUGGUACAUUCAAUACCAGUGUUCGUACUUAUCUUACCGAUGCCAAGAGAACUCAACAAUGGGCCACAGAAUCUAUUCGUCUUGCAAACAGUAACAUCGAUAACCUUGACGAGUUCAACUCAUAUCGUUUCAAUGAAUUGAAAACUAAAUUGGAUUUACUCCAACCAAGUGGUAUUCUUUCAAAUGAUCUGUUGGGUCUCUAUGUCUAUACUCAAUUGGCAAUCUAUUCAAUGAUGCACCUCUCCAACAAUCACAUCACCAGAGGAUGUAUUUCCGAGGCUAUCUCUGGAACUAUUAACCGAAUCAAAAAAGUACCAACAAAUAGUUUCCUUCCAAUGUUAACCCGUGUCAGUAAUCAACUUGGUGGAUUCGAUGUCUUAAUCAAUAGAUUAAUUGAAAUCAUCAUUAAAUUUGCACUUGAAACACCAAACAAUCAAAUAAUUCCACCAGAUAAUGCCUACCAAGUGAUUGCCAGACCAUUUGGAAAAGAAUCAAUUGCAUUGAUUCCAGAUUUUGCCUUUGUUCAAGAUGAUGCCAUCUUUAUCAAGUUUGCAAAUUCAAUGUUCUGUGCUUGUCAUGUUGCAAUUUUGGCUUAUGGAAUUUUCAAUGGAAAGAAUUUGGAGAGUCUUGAGAGUUUUGAUCCAUCAUUGGUUUACAUUGGAGAAGGUCUAUUUGUCAAAAGAUAUGAUGAAGGAUUCGAUCAGAAGAGAGUAUUUUCAGUGAUUGGUGAAUUCCUCAGAGAAACAACAAACAGGUUGAAAAAAGAUGCAACUGAAGUGUUGAUUUCAUUCCAAAACUUUGUUCCAUGGAUUAUUGAUAAGACAACAAGACGUCAAGUAUAUCAACUAUUCCCAUUGUUCUACAUCUUGACCAAAGACAAUCAAAACUAUGAACUUUUCAACCAAACUACCGAAGCAGAUUGGUCCGAUAACUCAAUCAAUCUAACCGAUAUGGAUAUGAGAGAAGUUGAUAAUUGUAUCACUGGUUUGUUUUCAGUUUUAUCAGAUGCAGGUUGUUCAGCAGCAUCAUCAUCAAUAAUCCUCGGAACCGGUCUCUAUGGUCUAUCAUUGGUAAAAAGAGUCACCCCAAUGUUAAGAAAAGUUAUUGAUAAAUAUGAUAAAGAUUUAUCUUUAACAGGAACCACCGCAGAUGAUGGUACUGUCACAGUCAAUGACACUCUCCUCGAUUCUUUGGUUGAUCCAAUUGAUUCAUUCAUUCGAUCGGUGGAUUCAGAAUUGCAAAUUAAUUAUGAUCUUCCAGAAAUCAGUGAUCAUGGAUGGGAGAGUUAUUAUGAAUCAUUGGAUCCAGCAAUUCAAAGUGCAAUUGAUGUAUUAACAAAACUAAAUGUUUAUGAUCAUUCAGUAAAUGCUGCAUAA